UUGGCGUCGCUCUGUCUGGUUUCGAGAUUCUGUGCCGCGGCUGCCCGCGGCCCGGCGGCGGCGGCAGCGGCGGUGUCCACGGGAGCGAGAGUAGCAAGUCUGACGUCAUGCAAUGGCGAUUUGAUAUGCGGUGUCGGGCGGGUCACCACUGAAACAUGUUGGCCUAUACUUGUGUACAGUUCUGCAAUGACAACUCACUGCAUCGUGCUGACGAUGGAUGCAUGUCAGCGUUUGGAUUAUAGCCCCGUAUCGUUUGAAUUAGACGUGGACUGUGGCUUCUUGCGUUUUUAAUCAACGUCUACGUCGUUGGAGUGUGCGAAAGAAGCAGAGCCACAAGAUGUAUAUGACAGGUGCAUUUGGUGGCACUCGGCGAAACAAGCAAUGAGUGGAAAGCAUGGAAAGUGAAGAGGUGGUCACAUGUUGUGCCUCGUGCCCGAUUCCAUCUCCUGUCCUGGUGCACUCCAAGCCUGCCUUGUCAUCAAGCGCGAUGCUGCAUCAUGCACGCCACUCAAGCCUGGACUUGCGAGGUCACGUUGGGCCCUUGCCUGGCAUAGCUCAUGCAGUCACGCCGCCUUCAUCUGCGUCCAGUAACCACAUGCCACGGAGGCCUCACCAUCAACAGCACCAGCGCAAUCUGAGCCUGGACUCGGCCAUGCGUGUGCUGAGCCCUGUACACCACAGUGGUGGUGACACGGCAGACCGCCGCAGUUUGGCAUCGGAUGACAGUGGCAUCUUCAACUCGGAUGAUGGUGACCGGACUUCUCGCGUAAAUGUGGAUGCAGCCACUGGCACAGUGGCGCCAGUGCCGCCCUGCCAGUUGACUUUGCGGCCACCAGUUCAAGGGGUCAUUGACGAGGUCCACUCACCAGUGCAAGAGGACCCGACACCUUCUGCUGAACGGCUGGUGCCAAAAGACUUGCUGCUACGGUUGUUUGAGUCCACGCUGUUUGACAUGCCUCUCGCCAUAGACUACCUGUUUCGUUCAAAAGAGCCUGGGGUGCUUGCAUACCUAGGUAACAGAAUGUUCAGCUUCAGUGAUGCUGAUGUGGACUUCUACUUGCCUCAGAUUGUCAGCAUGUAUGUGCACCACAGUGACAUAGCAGACUCCCUGCGGCCCUACUUAGUCCAAAGGUGCAGCAAGGACACAGACUUUUCGCUGCAGCUGGUCUGGCUUCUGUCGGCCUUCUGCUCAGACCCCAAUGCACCCCCUCGGAAACGCUCGCAGGGGCACCAGCUCAAGCAGCUCAUACUUUCUGAAGAUUUCCGGCCACGUGUUACCGUCCAGCAAACGUCUUCGCUCUUGGCGGUGUCUUCAAAAAAGACCCAUCAGCGUUCCCUGUCAGAUGCCACUGGUAUGAGCGGUGGAGGGAGCCGGCACAUCCCCGAGUCUAGUCGCAAGGCAGCUCUACUGGGGGACCUGGGCUCAGGCCACGCCUUUGACAAUGGCUGUGGCUGCUACGACAGUUGCGAUGGCAUUGUUGGGGAUCUGCGUGGACGAGCCAAGGUGGAGUGCCAUUGCCAGGCACCUCGCCUCACCUCGCAGAACCAGUUUAUAAAGACCCUCAUCUCCUUGGGCCUUAGACUGCAAGCAGUGCCUACAAAAGAGCUCAAAACUCAGAGGCUUCAAGCCGAGCUUUCAUUGGUCAACUUGAAUUUGCCGGCACGGGUCUGGCUUCCUCUGCACUCUGACAAGUUUCCCCACCUUGUGGUGAGGGUGCCCCCACAAGCAGCUGCAGUGCUCAACUCAAAGGACAAGGCACCGUACCUCAUCUAUGUGGAAGUGGUCGCUGUAGAUGACAUCCAGACGUCACCUGUUCCUGCAAAGGUCCUCAACCCUCUACGGUUGACACGCUCAGAAGAAAACCUCCCUGACUACUUUGGUGUGCAAUCAGCAUCUGUCUUUUCCAUGUGUGGCAUGGAUGAUGAUGCUGAAUGCUGGACCCAAGAGGAUGACGAAAUCUCCAUGCAGUUUCUGCGGAAUCAGAAAGCACAGGAGCGAGACACGCUGUCGGUGUUGUCGUUGGACAGUGGGACUAGUGCCGACAGCAAGGAGCCCCUUUUUGUUGUGGCCAGUGACGUGCGCCGGCGGCUGUCGGAGAACUCUCACGUGCCCAAGAAUACAGUCAAGCGUGAUCCUGAGGACCCAUCGGCAGCUGCCCUCAAGGAGCCCUGGGAAGAGAAGGUGCAGCGCAUUCGUGAGUCCUCCCCGUACAGCCACUUGCCUGGGUGGCAGCUGCGGGCAGCCAUUGUCAAGUGCGGUGAUGAUCUGCGCCAGGAACUCAUGGCUUAUCAGCUGCUCAAGCUCCUGCAGAACAUCUGGCAGCAGGAGCAUGUGAACCUGUGGCUUCGGCCAUAUCGCAUCCUCGUAACGUCGGCUGACAGUGGCCUUGUGGAGCCCAUCCUGGACACCAUGUCUCUGCACCAGGUGAAGAAGCACUCACAGCUGUCACUGCUGCAAUACUUCGAGCAGCAGUUUGGGCCACCAACCAGUGAGGCCUUUUUGAGUGCACAGCGCUGCUUUGUUGAGAGCUGUGCUGCAUACUGCCUCAUCUCGUACCUCAUACAGGUCAAGGACAGGCAUAAUGGAAACAUCCUACUCGAUGGGGAAGGCCACAUCAUUCACAUCGACUUUGGCUUCAUACUGUCCUCGUCACCCAAGAACCUCGGCUUUGAGAGCUCCCCAUUCAAGCUGACACAAGAGUUUGUUGAUGUGAUGGGCGGCCUGGACUCGAACAUGUUCAACUACUUCAAGGUGCUGAUUCUGCAAGGGCUGGUGGCGGCACGCAAGCACCACGAGCGCAUAAUCACCUUGGUGGAGAUCCUGCAGUCCAAUGCCCGGCUGCCCUGCUUCCAGUGGCAUGGGGCCAGUGCUGUGCGCGCUCUUCGUGAACGUUUCCACAUGGGCUGCACCGACGAGAGGCUGCAGAUGCUUGUUGACUCGCUUGUCGAAAGCAGUAUGCACUCGCUCACGACACGUCUGUAUGACAACUUCCAGUACUUCACAAAUGGCAUUCUCUAGGCUGGCUUUCCUUGACCGUCGGCCCUCCGCACCGAGUUCUGCUUGGUGGCUGGAGGUGUCUGGAUUUAGUUCUUCCUUGCAUGCUCAACUAGAUGGGACCCCAGGUGUGCACCAAUACCAACGCAAAACACUGUUGACAUCCUUGUGCUAGCCCACUAGGGUGUUGGCAUACUACAACAGGAAGGAGACCAUUGUGCAUGUGGGUGGGUAUUUCUGAAAGACCAACUCUUUCACAGUUGUGUUGCUUGGUUUAUUGAGGGUAGGCUGGAGCUUGCCCGUAACAAUCCGUCAUGCCUAGAACAGGAUCCCCCUUUGGUGGAAAACCAUGAAUGGUGUCUGCUUUUGAGUGAACUUGUACAAGUCACUGCCAAGUAUGAACAGCUUGUCAAGGCUGUGGCCAGCAGCAACUCUAGCCAAAUUCCUGGCAUGACUUCAUCUGACUUGCUUUCGUAUUUCACAGCAUUGCAACAGCUUCUUCAUAAAAGCUGCAAGUAGGGCCUGUUACCAGCAAUGCAAGUAGGCCAACGAAGGCUUGGCAAGUCUCUCCCUCUUGUAUAUAGCACUCAAGCGUGCAGAAUGAUUUCAUUUUCUGUGCAUCCCUUGUUGACACCAACCGUUUCUCAUGCCAAACACUUUUAGUGCAGGAACAAUCCGAUGUCCCUUCAUCAUUUUAUCUGCACCAUGGCAGACUCGGUGUGACAUUUUCUCCACACACUGUUCUUUGUAUAUAAUAUUCUGUUGUUAAGACACCUUAGGUGAACAGCUGCUUCAUCAUGCUGAUAACAAAGAGUAAAAUGUUUUGUCCUUUAACUUGCAUUGUGUGAACAGUUUUGCAUGUAUGGAUGGUGAAGUACCUCAUGUUGCAGACAGUCUGCAUGGCUGAGCCAGAUAGCUUUGCGGAGUGUGUGUUAUGCAGUGGUUAUGUCGUUUUCAGUGAGCGCUUUAUAAUACGUUUCUGUGCAUAUUAACUCCAAGGCAUAGUUAACAGUGCAGCAACUGUGCAGCCUUCUAGUUUGCAAAAUGCCUCCUUUUGUACCAUAUGUUAUGAACAAAUCACUUUGCGUUUCGUCUAGGCUGCAUCAACAGAGUGUUUAUUUCACGUCAGGGCAUUGCAAGCUUUGUUCUUUUUCUUUCUUUUUUGUCUUCUUUAUUUUUAUUUUUGCAAAAACUAACAUGCUUGUGCUUGCAUAUGCAUGGGAAGCCUGUCGGCCUUAUUUGCACAGUUGCCAGUUCACAAAUCUGAGCAGCAGCAGCAGAGCUUGGAAAUGUGGCUGGUGAAAUGGUGCAGACUGGUGUGCACUGCCUUGUAAAUGCAGCUAGUAAUUUUAAUGUACAUUUUAUGCGGAGUCAUGUUACAACAACCCAUGUGUCUUACGAGUGGAAACCCUGUGGGCCGUCCAGACUUGCUUCUUUGACAGGCAUAUGCAUUUAACCCCAAGACUAGGCAUGUCGAGGUGAAAAAAGACUUGUAUUGUUCAGUUGUGGCUCAUGCAAUCCCCAGACUAUCACUCUGACUGUAGCUCAUUGUCAACUGUGAACACUCGUCCGGCUAUGCUUAUACAUUGUUCAGCAUGGCAUCAAAAAGGUAGCCUUUCACCCAAAGGAUUGCUCAAUAGGUCGGAGUGAUUGCAAAGCAAACAUGCAGCAGGCAAAGACGGUGUCUCUGCGCUUUCACUUCAGGCGUGUAUAUUAUUAUGGUUAAAGUGUGCCUAGAAGUCGGGCUUGGUAGCGAGCAAGGUCGAUAUUGCUGCCUUCAUGGUGCUAGCUGUUAAAAUGCUUGUCUGCAUAAGAAUAUCACAUUCAGCACUAACGCAUUCUUGUUGAGAUAUGCACUAGUGUCAGACACACUUGGAACAUCUUCAACCAGUCAUUCCAUAGUGCUCUGCCAGUGUUACAAAUGUCGUGUAGGAUAACAACAGAACUUUCUUGCAAGCUGAAGUGGGCUCCAAUGGUGAUAGUGAUCACUACAAUACUUGAUAUCGUGAUACAGCUUACACGAAUGUUGAAGCUCUGCCAGAGUUCUCUUAAUCAACCAAUUGAAGCUGCGAUUGGAACAUGUAAAGCUCCACUUAAGAUACUUGUUGAUCAUUUUCGUGGAAGCGCGAGGUUCCAGUUGGAAUAUAUUUUAAUGUGGUGCUUUCAGGGUGUGGGGACGAUCCUCUCUGUCUAGUGCCAGAAAACCUUUGUCUUAGUGCAUGGAUCUUGCAUCUGCAUUCCAAUCCUCUUUUUUAAUUAGGCCACCUGGCUUAGCGUGCCAUACUUAAGUCAACCAGACAUGUGAUGCGUCUUUGCUCGCACAUACAUUUUUUCUGGCCAGGCCUUGCAGUAGCUGUGUACAUAUGUCCUCAGUUCUCCUUUUUCUGUUGUUUUCUUUUUAGCUCUCUAGCGCAGAAAACAGUUCAUGUUACAUUCAGUGUUCCCUUUCUCAAGAUAUUCUGUUGUGUCAUCCUGCUGCGCCAUAAGUAUGCAAGCAUGUCAGUUGCUUACAGAAAUGGUGUUGAGAGAGUUCUUCGACAUUAAUGGCAUGCAACGUGCAUCAGGUCCAGGGUAACCGCACUGUGUUGAUGGAAGCGUGAAGACUUGUGCAUCGCUGUCUGUCCACGAACUGGAGGCAGUCCACGAGCUGUUGUAAAUACUAUGAAGGCUAUUUUUCCAGGCUUUUCUUUGUACUAAUGUGUAAAUACUGUGCUAGAUAUUUGAGCUAAUGGUUCGCUUGUAUGGUGCAUUCUUUUGAUUCUGUUGUAUAGGGGAAGGCAUUAAUCCCGAGUCGCAGCAAGUUUUCAUUUACAUGACAACCCUUUUCUGCUUUUUCUUUCUCCAAGGCGCAUGCCUGGCUUUGAGGCACUUUUGUGCUUGCUUUGGGAACCAUAACAUUGAGCCAAGCUGCAUGUGCAAUCCUUCGUCAUCAAAAGUUGGCGAUGAAAAAAUGAGUAACCUGGAAAGGGUUUUCUUAAACUCCAUCAUUGACGUUACUUUCCUGGAUGCAAAAUGAGGUCUAAUGAUUUAGUGUGCUGUAAUAUAAUGAAAAUUAAAUUCAUUUUCUUUUCUAA